GCACGGCGGGCAUCAUCUCAGUGUUCUCCAGUCCUCUCUACACAACACUGUAGCACACGGCUCGCACGCAUGUCGGACGCGUGGACGACGACGACAACAACGCAGCGAUAUCCCUAUCACGCGCACCAGUACCAGCAACAAAACCUGGUGCACCCCUCGCCCGUGCGCGCGCACAGCUACCCUUUCCACGCGCCGCCCCUCUACGGUGGGAGUAGUAGUAGUGGUGGUGGCAGCACUUCGCAUUUCGCGACCCUGUCCCAGCUGCAGGCACUGCAGCUGCAUGGCUGGUCUGCUGGCUCGUCGUCGUCGUCCUCAUCUCACACUGGCUCGACGUACUACAACCACCAUCCCCACCACCAUCACCACCACCACCACCUUCCUUCCCCCCCGCUCUCGACCUCCACCAUGCCCGACCCCUGGGGCGCUGAGCGCACCGAAAAGCCCAUCGAGGACGACGACGACCAUCCUCGGCCAUGGGCCAACGGCAACGGACACCAUGCCAACGGUGACGCUGCUGAGCCAAACCACGCCCAAGGCCACGGUCACGGCCACCACGGCCACCACAACCACCACAACCACAAUCAUUCAUACUCAUCACAGCCUGCUGCGGCCGGCACAACGGCAGUCGCCAAGCCCCGCGGGCUGUCGCCAAAACGCCUCCCGGGCCCACAUGCCAUCGAGGUGCUCGCAGGUCUCAUGGACCUGAGUAAAGGCCGCGACAAGAUUCUGAAAAUCGUCCAGUACUCUAUGCGCUCGUAUCUCUACGUGCUGGGCCUCAUCGCCGCCGUGCGCCCGCUCACAAAGUGGUUCACGGCCAACAAGAAGCGCACGCAGAUUGCCGUCUCGGGCCUGAGCCUGACGCGUAAAUGUCUGCUCCUGCUCAACCCGCUGCGCCCCGCCGCCGCCCUCCUCUCGCCAGAGCCGACGAGCGCGCGCGAGUUCCUAGGCCACCUUAGCGACCUCGUCGGCGCCCUCGCAGACGACGUCUACUGUCUCUCCAAGCUCGGCAUCAUGUCCAAAAAGAAGGGCGUCAUCGCCGAUCGCUGGGCAAACCGGAUAUGGUUCCUCAACACGCUCAGCGGCCUCUGGAACCUCCACGUCAAGGCGCGCUCCAAGAACCGCACCAAGUCGGAGAAGACGCAGCACGAGUGGUCGCGCACAAAGUACUUGUGCGACCUUAUCUUUGUCUCCUACGACGUCUUCCACCUCACCUGGUUCAAGGAGCCAGUGCAGUGCGCGACGGGUCUCACGGCGGCCUUCAUUAGUGCCGGACAGUUAUAUAACAAGCAGCACGCGGCGCUCAGCAAGAGGUGAGCAUGCUGAGCAGCAGUACGCGUGCGGCAUAGUUGGAACGGCGGUCGUUUGGGUCCUGCGUGUUUGGGUAUAGGUCUGUGUAUCGGGACCGACGACAUAUUACGAGUCUUAGGCAUUACCGUCAUGUUAUAUCAUUCGCU